AUGGCGAACCUGUGUGCUACCUCUGGGAGCUCCAUUCCAGUGAAAUACGAAGACAUUACUGGCCCAAGAGCUCAGCCAAGGCUGAAGUGGCCGAGAAAGGGUCCCAGAAUAAUUUUACGCUGCUACCGAGCUGCAGGAGGCAGCGGGCGCGAGACUGGGAAUACGCAGGGCCCCCGCUUGGCUCUACAAGCCCGGGCCGCGGCCCCCGCCUUCCCCGCCGCCUCCCGGCGCUCCGUGCCCGACCCCCGAGGCCGGCGGCUGCUGCUACCUGGGGCCGUUGCUGCUCGUGCCGUGAGCGACGCCCAGCCAUUGUCCCCGCCGCUCCGUCAGCCGCGCCGGGCCGCGCGCGCACCGGAAGGCUCAUUGGCGUCUUGCGGGCUCCGGGCCGGGUGGGCAGGAUGGCCUCCACAAGCCGCAUGGCGCGCAUGGGGAGCCUCCGUCGAUGCCGCCGCGCCGCCCUCCGAGGCUGCGUCCCCGGAAGCCCGGCUCCCCGAGCGCUCCGGCCCGGCCCGGCGCCCCGGACCUGAGUGCGUCCCCAUGGAGGCGCCCGGGCUGGCCCAGGCGGCCGUGGCAGAGGAGACCCCGGACUGGGCGCCCGAGCUCUGCCCCAGCUCCGAGGCGCGGUCGCCGGAGCCGCCUGCCAACCGCCUUCAGGACUUCGACACGCUGGUCACCGUGGGAAAGCAGCUAGAAGCCAUUUGUGUCAAGGUAACGCCUGGAGAAACAAAAGGUCAGGAACGGCCAACGUCCCUACUGGCCACAGUCCAGCCCCAAUCUGCAAGACAGAGCCAGCCGCCCCGGGGGAAUUCCCGCCUGGUGGGACUCCACGUCACCAGCCCCCAGCUGCUCAGGGUACAGCCCCUCGUGAGAACCGAGCCACAGUCAUGUUUCCUACAUCGGCCUCCUGCUCAGGGGUUUGUACAGAGACCACUGCCAGCCCUCUAGGUGGUCCCUGCAAAGAGAGUCCCAGCCCCCAAGGCUCCAAAUGGACAGGGCACCAUGUUGACCCCUUUGUCGGCCUCCAGUUCGCCGACUGUAACAUGUUUCAUCCAGUU